GGCAAUCUCGAUCAAAAUGAUGGAACGGCACAGAGAAAAGAUAAGUGACCAGUCAGGGGAGGUUGGAUUCUUUCGUCAAUGAUGAUCAUUAAUUUUAUAUACGUAUAUAUAUACACAUAGAUAUACAUAUAUGUAUGUCUUCUCAUCACAUAUAUAUAUAUAUUCUCUUUAUGAUAAAAAGAAAUAGGCGGAGGAAAAGAGAAAGACUAUAUAGACAACUAAGUAGUCGAUCAGUCUCUAUAAUUAUCGAAAAAAAAAACAAGAUUUAUGCUUUAAUAUGAAUCGCUCGGCUGUCUAUUCAUUACUAGUAUCAUGAAGCUAAUUUUCUAACAUGUCGGCAACAUAAGUUGUUCGAUUGUGUUGUUGAUUGAAUAUCUAUACAAUCAUCAUACUCUCUCUUUCUUAGACAGAAUUGUUACGACAUAAAAUAUGAUAAAUGUUGUUUCAUUGUUUCUAUCGUUUAUUAUUUAAUGAACAAUGUAAAAAAUCUAAAAUGAAUAAUGACCAACUCUUGUUCUUAUUUCUUCAAAUAGCAGAAAAGAUUUCUUUUUAGACAUACAAUCAUCGGUCAUGCACAUAUAUUAAGCCGGAUAUUAUUUUAUCCAGUAAUUCACUUAGCACAAGAAGGAAAGGUUUUUUUUUUGGUGUAUUUCUUCCUUCUAUCUUUUUCUCGGAAAUUGAGGUCCAUAUAUUGAUGAUGACCGGCGCCUCUCGUUCAUAAACAUCCGAGUUGUAUAUGGGCGUCAUAUAUUCACUGCAGGAGGCAAUAGCAAUGGAAAGAGAUGCACACGCCUUAUUCUAUUUGUUCAAUAGCUAAUCAAGAUGUGAGAUGAAACAUUGAUGAACAUCAUCACUUGUGUGUAUACUCAGUCAAAGAUGAUGAACUAGUUAAUAGUGGACAUACAGAUGUUUUUUUGUUUUUUAUGAAAGACAAAAAGGGUCAAGUGUCCAUUUACUCUUUGCUCUCAGCUUGAUAGAGAAAAGAGAUGAGUUGAAAUAUGACAAUUGAAUUUAUCUUAAAUGACAACGAAAAUGUUAACAUGUGGGAAAUACAUGCAUAUAUAAAUUUUUUCUUUAAAAUAAUCCAUCUGUUCAAUAAUGAAUGUGAUGUUUGUCAAUUGAAAGAAUUAAUUGAUUCAAUUAAGGAAUAUAUCGGUUCUUUUUUUCUUUCUUUUAGCAUUAGAUCCUUUUAAAACAUUAAUUACUGAAAAUAAUAUUCUUAAUUUAACUGAAGAUAAUAUUGCUGUUAUACCAUGUGAAUUACCAAAUGGUAAUCCAAGACCUAUACCAAUUUUUAUAUUCGAUAAUAAUUAUUUAGAUGUUGAAUCAAAAUCAAAUCGAUAUAAAAUUUUACCUAGUGGAAAUUUACAUAUUAUUGAUAUAAAACAAUCCGAUGCAGGAAAAUAUCAAUGUUCAGCUAAAAAUCCAUUAACUGGACAAAUUGUAAAUAAUAGUCAAAUAACAAUUUUACAAAUAUUUAAUAAACCAUUAAAUAAUCAAGAUCGUAUAUCAUUAACAACUGUAUAUAAACCACCUGUUGCUUCAAGAGUUCUUGUUGGAAAUAAUUUUUCUAUUGAAUGUGUUAUUGCUGGUUGGCCACAACCAAUUGUUGAAUGGGAAAAAUAUGGUGAUAUAUUACCUGAAAAACGAAAUGAAGUUUUACAUGGUACAUUAUAUUUAUAUGAUAUACAUAUGGAUGAUCGUGGUACAUAUAUAUGUCGAGCAUCAAGUUCAAAUGGUCAAUCAGAUAUAGCUUAUACUGCUUUAUUAGAAGUUUUAGAACCACCAAAAAUUAUUCAACGUCCAGAUUCAGUUAUUCGAAUAAAUCGUGGAGAAAGUGUAUCAAUUAAAUGUACAUUUCGUGGUCGACCUGAACCUAUAAUUAGUUGGUUAUAUAAUGGAGAAGAAAUAACAAUUAAUGGAUCACCUGUUACAGGUGGUAUCUUAUCUCUUAAUCAACCUAAAGAAGGUAUUUAUCAAUGUAUUGGUAGAAAUCCAUAUGGUAUUACUCAAGCAAGUACUGUUCUAAUUUUUCCAAAUAGUAUAAAAUCAGAAGAAAAACUUGAUGAACAUAUUUCAUUAAAAAAAUCUUUAAUUGUUAUUGGACCAAAUAAUAUAACUGUAUAUGAAGGUGAAACAAUUCAAUUACAUUGUUUAACUCAAACAGGUUCAACUGUUCAAUGGUUACAUAAUAAUGAAAUGAUUAAUUUAAAUUUAAUGCGUCGUUAUGAAAUGCUUCCAUCCGGUGGUUUACGUAUUGUAUCAGCACAAAAAUCUGAUAGUGGAAUAUAUGAAUGUGUUGCAUCAAAAAUUGGUUUCGGUACACAUACAGCUAAAUGCUAUGUUCAUAUACAAGGUUUGGGAUUGAAUGUUCCUGAAAAAAUAAAUCUUCCAUCAGUAUCAACUCGUGAAGAAAUCAAACUUGAAAUUAUUGAUAUAAAUCAAGUAAAUAAUAAUGCUAUUGAAUUAUAUUGGAAAAUAAAUGAAUUAAUUGAUUUAUAUAUUCAAAUACAAUAUCGAUUAAAUACACCUAAAGGAAUAUGGAUAACAGAUAAAAAUAUUUAUAAUCAUACAAUUACACAUGGUAUUAUUUCAAAUCUUGAAUAUGAUCAAACAUAUAAAUUUCGUCUUAUUGCUUUUAAUUCUAAUGGUAAACAAUUAGCAAUAAGUUUAACUAAACGAUUUACAUUAAAAUUUUUAAAUCAAUUUUAUUUACCUAUACCACAAAUAACUGAUGCAUGGAUAACAACAGAUGGUAAAAUAAGUUUAAAAUGGAAAGUAAAUGAUACAUAUAAUGAUAUUAUUGAUGGUUAUAUUAUAUAUUAUCGUUCAAUAAAUUCAAAUGAUAAUUAUACAACAAUAACAAUACCAAAUUUACUUUAUCCAAUAACAGAUACAUUUACAAUAUCAUCGAUUGAAUUAAAUGAUAAAUAUGAAAUACGUAUGGCAACAUAUUCAAAUCGUGGUUUAAGUCCAAUGAGUAAUUCAAUUGAAAUAUCAUUACCAUCAUGUAAAUUAA